GCAGCGGCAGCGGCGGCGGGCGGACUGCUGCGUGUUAACCCCCGGGUGUUUGCGGCCAGCGCGGCAGAUCGUCGUCCUCCGGUCCUCUUCCCGUCCGAGGGUCCUCGCAGAGCUGGUUUCAUGUAGUAGCUGGCCGCUCUAACGGCGUCGUUGUCGAAGUUUACCGAGGUUUUUUGGUUUUUUGUGUUUUUUUGGUGGACCAGCCAGGGGCCAUGGCAGUCGAGGCUCGCCCGGAGCUGGUCGGGAAGCGCUUUCUCUGUGUCAGCGGGGACGAGCCGCCCCAGAUCGGCGACAUAGGUCGCUGGCCGUGGAGGUCCGGUGUCGUACGAGCCGUCAGCCACCGUGACAGCGACAGUCCCGACCUGACGGUCUAUGUGGAGUUCGAUGAUCAGGAAUGGGAGAAGAGAGAGUGGGUAAAGGUCUACGAGGACUUCCAGCUGUUCCUGCUGGAGCACCAGCUGGUCUGGGCCAAGAGGAAGGAAGGGGAAGGAGAGAGGGAGCGAGAGAGAGGCCUUCUGCAAGGGACCAAGGCCAAACACAUACAGUGGCCUGCCCUGACUUUCAAGCCUCUGGUGGGGAAGGGCCUGUUGUCUUCAGCAACACCAGUGGAGUUCCUGUUAGACAGACAACUGGACUUCCUGUCUGACCACUCAGCCUACCAGCCAUACCAGGAUGAGGUGGACAGCCAGAGUCCUAUAUUAAGAGACAACCCGCAGCUCUAUGAAGAAGUGAAGGGCUGGCUCAAAGACCAGAAGGUCCAGGAGAUUUUUAUGCAAGGUCCUUAUUCACUGAAUGGCUACCGUGUGCGUGUGUACAGACAAGACUCGGCCACCCAGUGGUUCACUGGCAUCAUUACACACCACGAUCUCUUCAGUCGAAAUAUGGUCGUAAUGAAUGACCAGGUGCUAGAGCCCCAGAAUGUAGACCCCUCUAUGGUCCAGAUGACCUUUCUAGAUGAUGUGGUUCACUCCUUGCUGAAAGGUGAGAACAUUGGCAUCACAUCCAGACGCAGGUCACGAUCCAGCCAAAACAACAGCACUGCCCACAUGGCGGGAGGGAGACCCGGCGGGACCACUGGCAACACUCAGGGUCACUACACAAGAGCCCAAGCUAACAGCCCUCGCCCUGUCAUGACCUCAUCAGGCCCAACCCCCAAAGGCUCUCAGGGGAUGUUGGCCUCCCAGCAGCAGAGCCUUUUUCAGCAGGGCCAGCAGCCCGCCAGCCAGCUGUACCAGUCCCCUGGUGGAGGAGGGCGGGAGCAAAGGGAGCAGCGCAGCUCUCGUUCAUCCAGGAGAAAAGGAUCUGACAGUAGUGUUCCUGAGGAAGACAAGGAAAGGAGGGAGGACCUCACAGUGAGAGACUCCAAGUCCAAGGCCAAGCAGAUCAUCAACAAACGUAGGAAGGUCGAGGAGGAUGACAAAAAGGCAGGGCUAAAACGUCUGAAGACGGACAUUACUUCUGACUUAUCAGAGAGCAGUGACUCAGAAAACCCGCACAAUAAGACAACUGUCCACUCCUCCUGCUCCUCCUCUUCUUCCUCCUCUUCAUCUUCCUCCUCCUCCUCUUCCUCCUCCUCAUCAGAGCCCAACUCGGAAAAUGAGUUAAAGACUCGCAGCAGUGAGAUAAAAGCAGGAGGCCUUUCCAAAAUGGAAGAGGACAAGAAGCCUGUCACGUUGAUGCAGUGCUCUAAGGUCGAUGAUGCCUCCUCUCUCAUUGGUCGGCUGUCCCCAUGGGUGGAAAUUCAAGCAGCGGAAGAGAGCAAACGGAACAUUGUAAGAGAGGUGGGCACCCCAACGACGAAGGAACAAGAGGAAGUCGCAGCAUUAACGCAAAUCACACGGUCUCCAAGACAACAGGCACCUCAAAUGGCCGACACUGUCCAAGGCUGUAUCAUGGAGAGCAUCAAGAGCACUGUGAAAGCAACAUCCCGCUCCCACACACCACCAUCCUCCCAUCUCCAUGGCAACAGUGUAAUUGACAUCACAGAGGAUGCCCAGGCUACGGUUCACCGGGAGAGUUCUGAGGCCGUUUCGGCGCUCCUGGCCUCCCAGAAUGCAGAGUCCACUGCUCUGUCCCCAUAUCUCCCCCUCAACCCCUCUCCGGUCUCUUCUCCCCCAGUCCCCCCUUCUCCUUCUUCAUCAGAGGGGAGCCGCAGGCCAGAUGUCGAAUCUGCAAUGCAGCAGCAGGGCAUGAUGGGAGGCGGUAUGUCAUCGGCUCGAAGCCUCAGCAGCAAGAUAGAGUUCGCCCACUCUGAGGUCAUCAGGCCUGUGACAUCAGCGGCUGAGAGUGUAGCACUACCAGAGAAAGAGAAGGCAUCCCGUCAUAAUCUCCACCAUCAUCACCAACACACACCACCACCACCACAACACUACCCAUCGAUCCUGUCUGGCAUUAAGAGCCAUUCUUUAACAGAAGACAUGAGAAAACAGCAGCAGCAACUACUGCCCAACAAGAUGAGCUCAAAUCCCCCUCCUGAUCUGGCGAAGUCCAAAAUAAGCUCCAGUCCAAAUUCAAACCUAGCCCCACCCCUCCUAGACACUUUUAAACAAAAAACCCAGCACCCCCAAACCCCUCAGAACUUAUCCUACCCUAAUACAAGCACAGCCUCUCUCUCAGCUGAUCUCCAUAAACCCAAGCUCCAUUCAGGCCUCCUGGAUGUGUCCAAACCUAAACCCAACACCUCCCCUGAGGUCUCAAAACACAAAAUUCCCAAAUACUCAGAUUCAUCUCCAGCUCCAUCAGCCCGUUUGGCCACGAAGCCAGAACCACUGGAAGCUCCUCGUUCUGGUUUCAAGCCAGUACCGGCUCGCUCAGAAGCCUGUAACAGUGGCUCUAAUGGAGCAAACAGCAACAGUACCAAGAGCCCACUUAUCAUAGAUAAGAAUGAGACCUUUACCAUCUACCGAGACCCUGCACUGGUCUGCUCUGAUGCCGAGAACGCCGCUGGUGUUGCAACAGUGUCCUCCAAUCAUGUGUCUGCAUACCUCCACCCCCAUCUUCACCCCCUCCACUCCCCCUCCCCCCAUUCUCCUUGCCUGACCCCUGGUUCCCAUCCCCACACAGCCUCCCAUCUCCUUCCCCCUCCACCCACUUCAGCACUUCCCCACCUUCUGACACCGGGCGUGCUUCCAACCAUGCCUCCCCCAUCAGCUGCCACUCUUCUGGGAGCUCACCCUCGACUGGACUCCCCCGGGGGACUGGGACACCUCGCUCUGGCUCACAGCCACCCAGCAGCUGCUCACCAGCAGCCGUUCCUACAGGGUCAAGGCCCCCCUCCACCGUCUCUCUUGGCCCAGUCCCACAGCGGGGCAGCUGGGCUAGGCCUGUACCCCAUCCUGUGGCAGUACCCCAAUGGAACAGCCUCCUCUUACCCUCCAGGACUGAACCUGCCACCCUCUGCCAAGUGGGUUCACCCUGAGAGCCCCGCUGCUGUUGUUAACCCAGAGGCGUCCCUCAGAAGGAAGUCGGCGAGUCCAUGGCUGCACCAAGCUGCAGGCAGUUCCAGUGACAGUCUGGGCCUGUUGAGCCAUGUCCCCGUCCGCCCUGCCAGUGCAGAUGCUCACCGAGCUCCUGUUAAGAUGAACACACACACCAGCCCACCACUCUCCAAGACCACCGUGGAGCUUCACAAAGAUGAUAAGAAAAGUUUUGUAGACCCAAUUCGAACCCUGUCAUUGGCCCAGCUGAAGCAGGAGCAGACAGACAGGAGUCGAACACCCACAGGGAAGGACAGCCACCUGCAGCGUCUCUAUCUGGAGGCCCACAUCAAGCAAACCCGCCUGUCGCAGACACAGGAAGCUGUGCAAGCAGCAGAGCGAGCCAGCAAAUACAAAGAGGAGAACCUGCGAAUCCUUCAGGAGAGCAUUGAGGUUGCUCCAUUUACGGCCAAGAUUCAGCGCUCCAACGACCCAGGGAUGGACAGAGAGAGGGACAGAGAAAGAGACCGAGAGCCACCCUUCCCUGCCCACAUUCCCUCUCUUGCUACCAUCAGCCCAAAGGCUGUCCACUCCCACCACCAUCCCCAACCUCAUGUCAUUCAGUCAGAGAAAAGCAAUUACUUUACCACGCUGUCUAAUAGUGUAGUGAAUGAGCCUCCAAGACUCUACCCCUCCAAGGAACUCAAUUCUUAUUAUGAGAAAGUAUCUAUUGGGGCUCCAGGAGUAGUGGCCACUGCUGGGUCUGCAGUGCCUAGUCAAGGAGCUUUGUCCCUGGGCAGCUAUGGCUCCAAGGUCUCCCUCUCCAAGCCACCUCCACUCAUCAAGCACCAGCCUGAAGGAGGAGAGGGUUUAGCAGGGAAAAUCACUGAGCAACUCAGCCAGCAUGUGGCACUUGUCCAACAGCAACAUCAUGCUGGGAUAGAGAGGCUAGAACGGCGCAGCCCUGCCAUCUCUACUUCCUCAUCUGUUUCCUCUUCCUCCCUGACCCCUAACCACCACCAUCAUCAUCAUCAUCACCAGCAACAGCUCAGGGGAAUGCCAUCUCUACAUCGAGCACCUGUGUUCCACCCACCUACGCAGCACGCACUGGAACGAAAAGAGGCUGCUGAACGAGAACGAGAGCGGGAACGAGAAAAGGAAAGAGAGAGAGAGAGGGCCGGCUAUGGCGGGCGCCUUUCCCCGCCAACUCUCACACCCAUUCAGCCAGUGAGCUUAUCAGCUGCCGGUAGUAAAAGGUCAAUGGAGCAGCAGAAGCCCCCUACACUACUACCAGAGCUCAGGGAGGUCAAAGGUCAUGGAAUGGCUACUACUGCUGCCUCUGUGACCUCAGCCUCUGGUGUCGAGAUUGAAGGGUGGAAGAGUGGGGAAAUUAUUCAAGACAGAAGUGGAGAAAGAGGAGCAUGGCUCUCUGGAGAGAAAGGAGGUGGGGGGGUGCGGAGCAAACCCCAAGCAGCUAUGGCGUCAGUCAUUGUGCGUCCAUCAACUUGCAUUAAAUAUGAAGGCAGCUCACAUGUCGGUGCUAAUACAACUGGUGCUAUAAUACACAAAGACCUACCCAAAGGGAGGCUGUACCCAGUCAAGCCUGAAGGAGAAUGCCCAAGACAGGGAGAGAAUGUUAAAGAGCUUAGAAGUAGCCCUGGUACAGGUAGGGUUAUCCAACAUAACACUAACCUGGAUGACAUCUGCGGACAAUAUAAAAAAAGUUUUAUGCAAAGCAUGCAGGGACCUUUUGGAGCUAGUAACAUGAACUCGGUGUGCAGGACUGAGAUUUCAUCCUCACCAGAAUUCGGUCUACUGAGUAAAAGUGGACUUACUACCCCUGAUUUGGGUUACACCAUUUCAUCAAGGAGUGAAAUCACAUCCCAUAAAAAUGGGGUUAGUGGCCGGAUGCUGAGCCAGUUAGGACCAGGAGAGCACCAGGAGGGUUUGGGUUCAUGCACCUCAUCCCCAGGGGGUUCUUUGCUACCCACUAGUCCAGCAGGGACUCCACACCCAAGUCCCAGCCUCACCUCAAUGUCCAGCUCCAUCUCUGGCACCAGCCAUGCCUUUUCUCCCUCCUUUGUUCACCUUAAAAAGCACAAAGCUGCUUUGGCUGCAGCCCAGUCAAGAAAUAGCUUGACCAAUGCUUCCUCUAACACACCUGGAAACUCCUCUCUGACCUCUAAUUUAGUAGACAAGGCCCCUCCUCAUAGUUGUCCUCCUUCACUUCCUUCCAACCAAGCCUCAUCUUCCUCCAUCAACAGUGCUAGCAGCAGCUCACUAAGCAGUAGCACCACUCAAGACAAGUCUAGCCCUCUUCCCAAUGGCCAGCCUUCAGGACUGGCAGGACCAGGCUCAACAGCCAGUGGACAGCCCAGUAACUAUCAUAAACUGAAAAAAGCCUGGCUGACUCGGCAUUCAGAAGAAGAUAGGAACACAACUACUUGUACCACUACUACUACUACUACUACUACCACUACUACUAGUAGUAGUAGUAGUAGUAGUAGUAGUAGUAGUAAAUCAGAGAAGUUGCCUGGCGCUACUAGCACAGGUAAUACUGGAAAUAAUACCCCUGCCAUGUCGGAAAUGAUCAAACCAUGUUCCGUAAAUCUUAUUGCCUCUACCUCCGGUGACAUGGAGAAGAGUAAGGAAAGUGGAAACAAAGGAGGCGAGAGAGAAAGGCAGCCAGAGGAGAAAACAGGAGGAACUGGAGGGGACGAGAGGAAAGCAACACCUCCUACUAGGCGGGGGAACAAGCGGGCAUACGACUCAGGCUCAGAGAGUGGAGGGGAUGACUCAGAUGCAAGUGAGAGCAAGAUUGAGGGGCGUGCCAAGCGUCAGCCAAAACCAACAUACAAGAAGAAACAAAACGACAUGGCUAGGAAGAAAGGAGACAAUGAAAAGGAGGAAGAUGAAGUGAAGCCCAAUGGCAUCUUCAGAUCAGCCCGAGAGAAAACCAAACUCAAGCUAGCCAGUAGCAAUGGUAUCCCCCGCUCCGUGCUGAAGGACUGGAGGAAGGUGAAGAAGCUGAAGCAGACAGGGGAGUCCUUCUUGCAAGAUGACUCGUGCUCAGAAAUUGGGCCCAACCUACAGAAGUGUAGGGAGUGCAGGGUGGUCCGCAGCCGGAAGGGAGAGGAACCGGCCCACUCCCCGGUCUUCUGUCGCUUCUACUACUUCAGAAGGCUUUCGUACAGUAAAAACGGGGUGAUCCGCAUGGAUGGGUUCUCGUCUCCGGACCAGUUUGAUGAUGAAGCCCUGGCUCUGUGGGUCCCCGGGGUCCUGGAGGAGAGACAGCUGGACCGAGCCACAGCCAAAUACAUCCUCAGCUUCAUAGGAGACAAGUUCUGUCAGAUGGUCCUAACCGAGAACACUGCAGCCACCUGGGUCAAGAAGGAUGCCAAGCUAGCGUGGAAGCGUGCGGUGCGGGGUGUAAGGGAGAUGUGUGACGCUUGCGAGGCGACACUGUUCAACAUUCAUUGGGUGUGUCAGAAAUGUGGCUUUGUUGUCUGCCUCGACUGCUAUAAGGCCAAGGAGAGGAAGAGCUCGAAAGACAAAGAACUGUAUGGCUGGUUGAAGUGUGUUAAAGGACAACCCCAUGACCACAAACACCUGAUGCCAACACAGAUCAUACCUGGAACUGUCCUGACAGAACUGAUGAGCGCCAUGCACUCUCUGAGAGAAAAGUACAGCAUCAAAUCCCUCUGUCCCUGCACCAGCAAACCCAGCCUCCUCCACAAACUUCCGGCUACCAAUGGAGUCUCCCAGGUUCUGCAGAAUGUUUUGAAUCACAGCAACAAACUCUCCUUGGUCAAGGCCGAGCCAGGCUCCCAGCAGCAGAGCUCCGACAGAGGAGCCACCAAGCAGUCUACCGAGACUAACGGAGGAGGAGGAGGCGGAGGUAGCAGUCCAGGCAGUGAUGCUGGCAGUGCCCUCGUCACUCCACCAGAGUCCCAGUCUCCUUUGCAUUUUCUGGCCGACCUGGCAGAACAGAAGUCUCGGGAGGAGAAGAAAGAAAACAAGGAAUUGGUUUCACUAGGUAAACCAGUAAAGGAGGAGAAAGAAGUAGACGGCCUCGAUGUCCUCCAGCAGUGUAAGACUUCUUCGUUGGUGGCUAAUAGUACAGAGCAGGGUUCGACGCUGAGAGAUUUGCUCACCACUACAGCAGGGAAGCUACGGCUGGGGUCUACUGAUGCAGGAAUUGCCUUUGCACCAGUCUACUCCACAGCUUCGCAGACUGGUAAAGGUGGACGGGCCAUGCCUAACAUACUUGAUGACAUCAUUGCCUCAGUGGUGGAAAAUAAAAUCCCAGCCAGUCGCCAGAAUACCACAACCAAGCUGUCGAUCAAACAGGAGUCUCCUGCCCCUGGCAACAACACUAACUCCACUACCCUCGCUGAAGACACCAAACCAGACAAGAAGAAACUGACGCCAGUAGCUUCGGUGGUACCAGAAGAAUCAACCAAUCAGUAUCCAGAUAUCCCCCACUGCUGGUUGUUCCAUAGAAGGCUACUGUGGCUCAAAGAUCAUCGCAACCAGAACAACUGGAAGCUCUUCCGAGAGUGUUGGAGACAGGGACAGCCUGUGUUGGUCUCAGGGGUCCAUAAGCGUUUAAACCCCAGUCUGUGGAAAGCUGAGUCUUUUAAUCAGGAGUUUGCAGAUCACCAGGGGGACCUUCUCAACUGUAAAGACCAGCUUGUCUCCAACUCUGGAAUCAAGGAGUUCUGGGAUGGAUUUGAGGACAUCACUAAGCGUCCCAAGUCCAAAGAUGGUGAGCCCAUGGUUUACCGACUAAAGGACUGGCCUUCAGGAGAGGAGUUCAUGGCCCUCAUGCCCUCCAGAUAUGAUGACUUGAUGAGGAACCUGCCCUUGCCAGAGUAUUCUGAUCCAGAGGGAAACCUCAACCUGGCAUCCCAUCUGCCUUCCUUCUUUGUCAGACCAGACCUCGGACCAAGACUCUGCUGUGCAUAUGGUGUAGCAGCAUCCCAGGACCAAGACUUUGGGACAGCUAACCUCCAUGUGGAGGUCUCAGACAUUGUCUCAGUCCUGGUCUAUGUUGGAGUGGCCAAAGGCAAUGGAGUACUGUCCAAAACUGGAGUGUUGAAGCGCUUAGAAGAAGAGGAGUUGGAUGAGGGUGUUAAGAGAAGACUCAAAGACUCCACUGAGACGCCUGGAGCACUGUGGCACAUCUACCUCAACAGGGACCUGGACAAGAUCAGGGAAUUCCUACACCAGCUGAGUAAGGAGCAGGGGUUGGACAUGUCUGCAGAGCAGGACCCGGUCAGAGAGCAGGGCUGGUACCUCAGCAGGAAGCAGCGACAGCGUCUGUUUGAAGAGCACGGUGUCCAGGGUUGGACCAUCGUUCAGUUCCUAGGGGACUCGGUCCUCAUACCUGCUGGGGCCAUGCACCAGGUUCAGAACCUCCACAGCUGUGUUCAGGUCAUCAAUGACUUUGUUUCUCCUGAGCACGUAGUCAACUCCUUCUACCUGAGCCAGGAGCUGAGAGCCACUAAGGAGGAGGUCAACUAUGAAGAUAAGCUACAGGUGAAAAACAUUUUGUACCACUGUGUGAAGGAGGUGGUGACCUCCCUGAAGCGGGCCAGUGCUGAAGGAGCCGGGGAAGACGAGAACUCAUGACACCCCAUCUUCCUCAACCCUCUCCUCCUCAGAGGUCCACAGGGGUCAUUGCUGGGAUCCUUGUAGCUGGUUGCAAAAAAAACAAGUUGUUUCUGAAAAAGGGGAUGAAACCACCAUCGGCAUGUCACCUUCACUGCCUGCUCCUGGUCAGCCGGCUCAGCAGGUGCUGUGAGUUGGCACUUGGUCAUGUAAUGUAAAACUGUAGCUGUUCUGGAACUAUGUCAUGUCAUUUGGGACUUUGUCGUGGAACCUUCAACACCGACCUCAUGACCUGAGGUGAGGUCAUAUGAGGAGAAAGGCAUUUGAGGCAUUCUUUUCCAGAAAUGAAGUGAUGUGGUCAAGAAGGCCUAGUCACAAUGGCUUCGUCACAUGACCCAACAGCAAACACAUCAUGUGACCUGAGAAUAUGCAUGGAUGGACAAAUACAGUAACUGUGAUGGUGGUUCACAUCAUCCCAAACCUUCAGUGCCAAGCAGACUUGGAGCAGAAGGCCUGUGGGCCUGUGGGACAGACAGCCUUGUGCUUUCUACGAUAAUUUUAUGGUUUCUCUGUUUUAAUGGGCUCAGAAAAUCAGUCGGUCGAGAGGAAAUCCGGUAAAGAGAUGAGGGCUUAAGACUGAAGUGGCUAGCCUUAUUAGAAACCACUAUAUUUUGUGUUUCAUGGCAUGUGCCAUUAUGUCCUCAAUGUCCUCUUCUCAGCGGGGUGGAGAGAAGCCCAACAAGCAUUAAAAGCAACUUGGCACUAUUACUCUAAUGAAGACCAAUAGUAUUUCAGUUUGUACCACACAGGCUGGUGGUAGCGGGAUGUUCCUCAUAGGGCAGGCGUAGGUGGAAAUGAGCCUCGCAGGAUGCUGGAGUACUGAGGGAGAUGCAAGUAGGUGGCCCCAGGUCUAUCAGUCCAUGUGUCCUUGAGCAAGGCAUGAAAUCUCUUUCUGCUCUCUUGUUGUAAGCUGUUCUGGGUAAGUUGUCAGCUAGUGUUUUUAAUGUGCUACGCUUAUUUCAAGUCUGUGCUCGUGGUCCACAGAUAAGUCUCAGACUUGGCUGAUCACCGCAGCAUCACCAGCAGCAGCAGCAGCAGCA